AUUCAAAUGCACAGGAGGCGAUGAGGCAAAAUUGAAGAGUGGAAGCGAAUCACUUGCGCCAUGGACAACAACGAAGCUCCCACUUUCGAACAGGAUUUGAUUAGAGCUAUUUUCAAGCAUCUUUGGAUUAAAAAAGCUCAAGAGCGUGAAAGAAACGAAUUCCCAAACAGCGAGGCUGUAGAUUCCGAGGUUGGAGCGGGAACAUCGAAGAAGAAUCGACCCACUUCUGCUAAUGCUAAUGCAAAUGCUUUAAAGCAGAGUUGUGAACUUCUUCGGGUUUUUGUCACAGAGGCUGUCCAGCGAGCUGGUACAAUUGCUGAAGCUGAGGGUAGCACUAAGAUUGAACCAACUCACUUAGAAAGGAUUCUUCCUUAAUUACUUCUUGAUUUUUAAGGGGCUCAGCUUGCUUAUUCAUCCGUUGGAACUAAUAGACAUAGAUGCGGUAUCUCUACAUCAGCACGUAAGUAGUACGGUCGGAUUGUUUUCCCAUUUUGUAUGUAGGGAAUAGACUUUCUUGCGCUAGUAGUAGUUCAGUAUAAAGUAUAUCUUCCAAGUUUGUUUUCUUUGAACUUUCUGCAGCAUUAAUUGAGUUCGAUUUUAGUUG